AUGGACGACGACAUUGCGAGGGCUAUUGCUCUCAGCCUCCAGGAAAGCAAUGGUCGUGCUGCUGAAGUGCAUCACGAGGUCAUCGACCUAUCCGCCGACGAUGAGGACGACGAGGACGCUCGCUUCGAAGCAGAGUUACAGCGCGCCAUUGAAGCGUCCAAGCAAGAGACGCGCGCAACUUCGGCGAUGAUACCACAGCACACCAUGCCCUCAGGCAACCCUCCCACCCCAUCCUCGUCAACUCCGUCUUUCCUUUCAGAGCGGGCAAAAUUGGAGCAAGAGCGCGUUGCGCGACAGAAACGACUCCGUCCCGACAUCGAUCCAGGCGUCGGCCGGGCCGCAGAUGGCUCUGAUGAUGAAAUGGAUGGGGGCCAGCGGCCUCGCGAUGCGAAAAGGCAGCGCGUUUCUUCCUCCUCUCGUGUCGGUGCACGUCGUGCCAACGUGUCUGCUUCUGUUCCCUUUAGCACCCCUGCACCUGCCACCGCCUCUAGAAGUGUCGGGCAAGGCGCUGCAUCGAGCUCCGGUGCUGCUUCUCGCAACCUGUACUUCGAUGGCGAACUGCGUCAGACGGCCAACCAGCAUGUUGAUCCUCAGAAAGACAGGCGACCGGUAUUCAGACUGUCAGAGAUUCUUGCGCCGAAGGAGGAUAUCGAGUUUGCGAUCGUUUCUGCUUUCUGUUGGUCUUACCAGUGGAUGUACCAACUUUUCUCCCCCAACACGCCAGUAAUCGCUGUAGAUCACGAUCCUCGAGGCAACGCAACUAUCAAGGCGAUAUUGCCUAACUGGAUCAGAACUACGCCCUUCCUUCGCAAUGGAUUCGGGUGUAUGCACAUGAAGUUCAUGCUGCUUUUAUACAGAGACGGCCGUUUGCGUGUGGUCGUCUCCACAGCCAAUCUAGUCGAGUACGAUUGGCGCGAUAUCGAGAACUCCGUGUGGGUGCAAGAUAUCCCGAAGCGGCCAUCACCCGUCACCCAACCUGCAGACACGGAGGAUUUCGCCUCAGCCAUGGUCCGCGUACUCCAUGCUCUGAAUGUUGCGCCAGCCCUGAUCAACAUGUUGAGAAACGACCAUCCGAACCUCCCGUUGCAACGAUUGGAAGACCUUCGCUCUCAUUGGGACUUUUCUCGAGUGAAAGCUGCACUCGUUCCCUCGGUCGCCGGCAAACACGAGGGCUGGCCAAAGGUCAUUCUCACCGGCCAUACACGACUUAUGAAGGCCUUGCUAGACAUGGAAGCCACCGUCCCCAAGGACAAAGAACUCGCGCUCGAAUGUCAGGGGUCAUCCAUUGGCAACUAUAGCUCGAUGUGGGUGAACGAAUUCUUCCUCUCUGCCCGCGGCGAAUCGACGCAGAGCUGGCUCGAAACGCCCAAGACUCGCCGCGCGAAGGUGCCCUACCCUGCGGUCAAGAUACUGUUCCCGACUGCGCAGUAUGUGCGCGAGAGCGUGCUGGGAGAGUCGGGUGGCGGUACGAUGUUCUGCAGGCGGAAGCAGUGGGAGGGGGCGAACUUCCCGCGGCAGCUGUUUCACCAGACGAGGAGCAAGCGUGGGCGCGUGCUCAUGCAUUCGAAGAUGAUCCUUGGGACGUUCAAAGAGAAGACGGGCACUCUGGAUGGCCACCAACGCGCAUCGGCAACUCGCAGCUCUGAGGUAGAUACCGACGAGGAUGCGGGCUCCGCGAAGCUUGCGGGCUGGGUGUACGUUGGCUCGCACAACUUCACGCCCUCCGCGUGGGGCACGCUCUCGGGGAGCGGGUUCAAUCCCUCGCUGAACAUCAACAACUACGAACUCGGAGUCGUCAUCCCGCUGCACACCCAGGAGGAGGUCGACAAGGUUGCGUGCUGGGAGCGCCCACCGCAGAAGUACGUCUCUGGACGUGACGAGCCCUGGAUGCAAACCGAGUCUCCCUAUUUCGUCGAGGAUGGUUAG